CAAUACCACCUUACUUUCCUUCCCUUUUUUCCUUUUUUUUUUCUCAUACAACAUAAUGAGUAACCCUAUAUCGCCACAACCGUUUAUUACAGAAGAAGCAGCGACAACUACGCCGCCACCCACCAUAGAUAAUAACAAUAUAGUAAUGGAAAAUAAUGCAGAACCAAAUGAUGAAUCAUUUAAAAAGUUGAAAAGAAAACUCAAAGAAAUGCAAGAAGUUGGCAUAAAAACAUAAAGACUUUAAUCUUUCUCUAAACAUAUAUAUUCUUUGUUUAAUAUUCUAGUUAAAUGCUGCCAUCAGUAGAGAUUAUAUUCACGCAAAAAAGAAGAUACGCACUUUAACUUAUGAAAGAAAUCUUUUAUUGGACAGCAUCUCACGUCUAGAAAGCAUGAAUCAAUUAAUAUCAGAUGAUGAAAGUGGUAGUGAUAUAUAUAGUGAUAUAUCAGAUACAGAUGAAGAUUUAGAUGUCAGUACACAUACUUCAACUCCACAAGGAAGCAAGACUAGGAUACUCAAAAAACUUGCUAAUCGUCCUUCAAGCACUGUUGAAUCAAGCCAUGAUCCAGCCACGGUAGCUUCUGCACCUCCCAAGAGAUCAAAAGCAGCUCAUAUUCCCGUCAAAACGCGUCGUGUUCAGCCAAUUGAUAGAGAUGAAGACGGUAAUCCUAAAUUACCUCAACAAAUUGGCGUUUUGACUGUUCUCAGUCUCGGACACAUCGUCACAGACCGUCCUACGUUCCAUAACGAACGAUAUAUAUUUCCUGUUGGCUAUACCGUAAGCAGAACUUAUCCUAGUAUGGUCGACCCUAAUAGCAAUACCAUCAUUACAUCCACUAUCCUUGAUGGAGGCGACGGACCACGAUUCCGUGUGACAGCAGCCGACAUGCCAGAUCAACCGAUCAUUGCCAACUCGGCUACAGGUGCUUGGACAAUUGUCGUUCGUAAGUCUAAUGAGAUUCGACACAGAGAACACUCCAACUCGGCCUCUGGUCCUGAUUAUUAUGGAUUUAAACAUCCUACGAUUGCUAAGCUGAUUCAAGAUUUACCUGGAGCUAAAGACUUGAAGCAUUAUGUGUGGCAAAACUUUGAAGAAAUGGAACCUCGUGCUGCAAAAGGAGUGAUGGCAGCAGCUGAGAAGAAACGAGGCAAUUUAGAACAAAUGGGAAAUGCAAAUAGAAGGGCUCCCAAAGAAUCAAGUGGAGCCAACCCUAUGGCUGUAUCAGACCCAUCACCUUCAAUAAUGUCCACUGGUACAGCGGAUGCUACACCAAUAGAAGAAGAUUAUGGUGAACAAGAUGAACUCCUUAGCGAAUAAUAAUAAUUAUAGUAGUAUACAUAAAAAAAAUAAGAAAAUAUUUUUAGCAUUUUUUUUUC